AAUCCGAUGAGAAAUAAGUCCUUUAUGUAAAAAUCUAGAAUCUACUAACUAAAAGAGAACGCAAGAGACAUUCGUAUUUUUGUAGCUCCUGGUACGUACGCAUGCGCGCGAAAUAUCGUCGAUGGAGAACUGCGCGCCAAACCAAAAUCUUGUCUGUAAAUGUCCCGACGACAUAUUAUUAUUGGUAAAUAUUAUUCGUUUUCCAUAGCUUUUUUCGACCAUUACACACAUCUCCUGCGAAAUUUGACAUUAAUGGAGGGUUCAUGAUGUCUCAGCACGGAGCUGCUCUGCAAACGUACAACCAGGAGCUCGUUAAAUGUUUAGAAAAAUUGAAACUGAGGCGAACAGAGCUCCAAGCUCAGAUAGAGUCCCAGGAAGAAGAAAAGAAUAAUUUACAACGUGAAAUCGAGAAAUUGUCGUGUAAGCUCGCACUUUUGAACGACAGUCUGGCAAAGAGAAUCGCGGUUAGAAACGAAUAUGACAGAACAAUAUCAGAUACUGAAACAGCAUACAUGAAAAUUCUAGAGAGUUCGCAAUUAUUGCUCAACAUGAUAAAGAAAGAAGUUAUAAGCCUGGAUCAGACUUUAGUGGAGGCAAACAGUGACAAGCAGCAGCAUCGACAAUAGGAUACCAAUCACAACUUAAAAUAAAAAGCAAGAUGAAUAACAGAGAUAUAUAUUUAUUGAAUUACCGGUGAACAUUAUCACAGAAACAUAGUUAUUAUUGAUUGACACG